AUUAAUUUAUUAUUAAUUAGGUGUGACUCAUGUAAACAAUAUUUGGCUUAAAUAAAAGACACCUAAAUGUGAUGAUUAUUUUGGUAGAUGGAUAAUUAAGUCAAUGGGGUUUUAUUUUGAAAUUCAAAAUACAAAUCCCUCUUCUCUCUCUUCAUGACUGUUGGGACAUGACUCUUGGGGUGGAAUAUGACUGUUGUAAUAAAGUGUCUAUAAAAGGACACAUUUAGGCAACCAACACCAACUUUUCUCAUUCCUUCUCAUUUUCUCACAAAUACACAAAAGUAUCUUCAUCAUCAAAGAUACAAAUAAGGAAGAAGGAAGAGAGGAGAAAACAAUUGCAAACAAGGAUCAAUAAAUCAGACAAGAAUCGACGUCAUGGAUCCGGUUGCUACUAAUAUGUUUGCCUUGGGCAACGCAAUGACAAAGUUCAAUGGGCUAAACUAUGCUGAUUGGUCUGAAAAGAUUCAGUUUCAACUGGGUGUUAUGAACUUGGAUAUGGCAUUGAUAAUGGACGAGAAGCCCGCAGCCAUUACGGAGGACAGUACGGAAGAUGAAAAAGCUCUUCUUGAGGAUUGGGAAAGGUCCAACAGGUUGUCUUUGAACUUGAUGAGGAUGACGAUGGCUGACAAUGUUAAGCCAUCUAUACCCAACACUGAAAAUGCAGGGAUUCCUUUUGAUCCAAACCAUAAAAGGAAGUGA